CCCACCAUUGCUAGAACCUACGCACACGCGCACGAUACAGUCGGGAUGUCUCAAGCAUACAACCACUUCAACGUAACGUUUCCAGCGCCUUACGUAGCUCACGUAGAAAUAAACCGACCUGAGAAGCUCAAUGCAUUCUACCAAGAAAUGUGGCUGGAAUACGCCAAAGUGUUCAACACACUCUCGCACUCCCCGGACGUGCGUUCCAUAAUCCUCUCGGGCGCGGGGUCAACUUUUACUACAGGCCUGGACAUCCAAAAAACAAAUCUCGCCUUUCCCGGUAGCGACGGUGCGCGCAAAGCUUGGGGGAUUAGGCGCAGCGUGGUCGAACUCCAAGAAUGCGUUUCUGCGUCGGAGAAGUGUGAAAAACCCGUAAUUUGUGUCCUCCACGGCUUCUGCCUGGGCCUCGCUAUCGACAUAGCCUGCGCAACGGACAUCCGCAUCUCAAGCGCGGACGCCAAACUAGCCGUGAAAGAGGUGGAUAUAGGGCUAGCCGCGGACGUCGGCACACUGUCUCGCCUGCCAAAGGUCGUCGGGUCCCUCUCCUGGGUGAAAGACGUUGCCUUCUCUGCGCGCAUGUUCAACCCGCAGGAGGCGCUCCGCGUGGGCUUUGUCAGCGCCGUCGAGAGUGAUAAGGCUGCUGCUGUUAACAAAGCGAUCGAGAUGGCAAGCCUGAUUGCUGCUAAAAGCCCUGUUGCUGUGCAGGGGACCAAGGCGAUUGUGAACUGGAGUGUUGAUCGUACGGUUGCGGAUGGACUAGCCUACACGCAGGCAUGGAAUGCGGCCGCUUUGCAGACGGAGGAUGUCGGCGAGGCGGUUGGGGGUACGCUGGGGAAAAGGAAGACGAGGUUCGAGAAGUUGUAGAUUGGAAUACGUGUGUGUGCAUGGGGGGGGGGCUGGAUAGAGGUAAAGGUGUUGUCUGAAAAUGGG